CAACCGCUUUGUUGGCGUUGUUUGGCUGCUUUCCUCCUGCCACCUGCUGGUUGUGUCGUUUUUCUCGUCACUCCGCCCGCCCACACCCUGCCAGCCAGCCACCGCAGGCAAAACACAAACGACACACGAUCACGCAGGCUGUGUUGUCUUUGAGCUGCGAUCAUGGCAGAGCGCCAGGCUUCGCAGGGGGAUCUAACGUCCCAGCAUGAAGACAUGGACCGAGAUGCCGUGGAACGUGUGCUUGAAACAUUCUUCAAGCUGCCAGGCGGCGUGUCCACCGAAUCGUCCACAGACAGCCUGGAGGUGAAUCCUGGUGUGCCGUUGGACGCUGACCCGCAAGCACAGCAGUUUGAGUCUCCUCCCCAGAAAGACGCGUCAUCUCCGAGUUCGACGAUUAGCGACGAUGUCACACGUGCGGCGGCGCGGUGGAUUGACCGCUGUUUGCGACGCCUCGUGCGCAAGAUCAAAGAGCACGGACACGACGCACCGUCGAGCCCAGGCGUGGCUGCCAUCACCUACGACACACUGCGCAAAGUUGCUGCCAGCGGAUUUGAGUCACUUGACGGUCUCGUGUUGACUGCGCUUGAUCGCGGGAUCUUACGAGCAGACCCGCCCAUGACCACCAGAGAUCUUCAGCCAGACACGCUUCUUGUGCUACUCCGCUCCACAUUCGAAGACGCGGAUGGAACAACAUACACGCCGCAGCACCUCCGGCAGUCGACGCGCCGCCGUCGCCACAGACGAAGAAUUGUCGUUGAGCAGCAACAGCAGCAGCAGCAGCAGCAGCCCGUGGUGGUGAGGCGAAACGCACUACUGCAGGCUGGCACGACAGCAGCUACUCAGUCGCCAGCAGCCGUAACAGUCACAGGCACGGACAACGGCCGCACAGCAGCAGCAGCAGCAACAUCAACAACAACAACAACAUCAUCGACAGCAGCAUCGGGCACAGGAUUUGUUCCCACUGCCGACGCUGCGGACGUGCGCAGUUACUCCGUCUCAAACCAGCUCCGCCCACAGCCCGCUGGGCGAUACGGGGCACGUGCGGAAUCCGUGUACAUCACAAACAAGGCCGCAGAUGCACUCAUGCAGGAGUCGUUCGGUCCAAACAAAGGGUUUGAUGAAGUGAAGGAAAAACUGCGCAAGUUGUCAACGGAACAAGGACCCACUCCUCCACAUGCACCCGACACAAUCAGCCACCAUGCAACAGCAUCGUCAUCGUCAACAGCGUCACCAUCAGCAAAUGAAGUCCCACUGCGACGUGGCCGAAGCGAAGUGCUGACGCCCUCUCGCCGCCGCGAUGCGGGCAGACCACACGCACACACACGCAGGCGCAGCAGCAGCAACAGCAACGGCAGUGGCGACAGCAACGACAGUAGCUAUAGCACUGGCACGCUGCAGCUCAAGGGCCGGGCGUCUUCGCCGUCAUCGCGAUGGGCGCAGCGCGCAAUGACCAUUUCCCGUCUCAGCGACCGCGCGUCCCUCGUCACGCAGCUCACAGACCUCACCCUGAGCGAUGUGAUUGAGAUUGAGCCCGAGGCGCUGUCAACGUACAGCACGCUCGUGUGGGGCAGUGCAGCCAGCACACUGGCCUCACAGCCACCGCCGCCAGCCAACACCCACAGCGGUGGUAACACCAGCAACACCACCAACACCAGCAAUAACACCAAUAUGACUGGCGAUGAUGGCAGUCGUGGCGAUGGUGGCAGUCGUGGCGACGCAGGGACGAUCAAGCGCGGUGCAUCGCUGCACAUGAACACGAUGCCGGCGCUGUUGACCCAGUCGGACACCAUCAAGUCGCAGCCGGGGACCGCCUUCAGCACGAUGAGUGCGACGGCGUCGACGUUGAUCCGCCGCCAUCCAAAUGCAGACGUCACCGCACGCCCAGAGCUGAACGUUGACUGGAUGGCGUUCAGUGCGCCCGAGCUGUCCAACUUCCUGCGCAUUCUCGAUGCGGAGGAGCUGCUGCACCGCAAACAGGUGGAGGCCAUCUACACCGCCAAGCGCAUGCGGCUCCAGGCACAGCUCGACAGAAUCAGGCACCCAGAGGAGAUGGGCGGCGACGGCGAGGCGGAUGCGGUUGGGGAUUACGAUGACGACACGUUCAUCUUCAAACCAUCGUCAUCAGCGGCGGUGUCGAAUGGCAGCCAUGAUGCAACAUCGGGUGUUGCAAUGCGCUCCUCCAACUCCUCCGUGUCUCGCCAGGACAGACAGAUCCGCAGCAGGUCACGCGUCAUCUCAAAAGCAGAUCGCCAGGAGACUGAACUACGCACGAAGUUCCUUCGUCAGCCCUCAUCACGACGCACCCAGAUGACGCGGCGCGAUCGCCGGGCGGUGGAGGAGGUGCUGAGUGUUCUCAUCGACGUGGACGAAGCGCAGGCGCUCACGUCCGCCGCAGAUUACGCAGCGUUGUCGCUUGUGCGGCCCCAAGUGCAGGAGACGAGCGACAUGUCUGCGAACGCAGCAGCCACCACCACCACCACCACCACCAACACGACCAACACGACCAACACGACCAACACGACCACUUCAUCCUCAACGGAAGCCGCCCGCCGCAGCUUCCUCAUCGAUGACCUCCUGGCAAAGCCGAUUGCGUCCACGUCAUCCAAUACGGAGAAGGCGGCGGCGCGCUGGCUCGAUGCGCAGCUGCACACGCUUGCUGAUCUGCUGGCCUCUCCUACAGCCAGUGAUGGCGAACAGCACUCGAGUGCAAGCAACGGACGUGCGCGCGGCCAUGAGGAUGGCAAACCUCCACCGAUGACGUUUGCAGCGCUUGAUGCCGUAGCGACGGCGCAGGGUGUCAUUGAGAACUUGCCAGGGUUGCUGGAGACUGCACGGGAGCAAGGGCUGGUGUCGUUUGACCGGCCACGCGAGGGGAGUUCUCAACUUGAACUCCCGCACGAUGCGGGCGUCGUAAUCUCUCUCAACCAGAAGCCAGCGGCAUCCACGUCGAAACCAGCCUAUACGCUUCGCCACCUCCAGCGGUCGGUGCGGAACAAGAAGAAGGCCAUUGUCAAGACAGCUAGCCAGAAGUGUUAUUCUGAAGUGUAG